GGGACACAGACCCGUUUUCAAUCAUAACUCUGACCUCAGACACCCGUGUGUGUGUUUUUCUCCACUCAGCGUGGGGCGUACGCUCCACUGCAUUCCACCACCCAUGCUGGCUAAUCCCUGGAUCCUUUGAGUAGGACCAUGAUUUGUGGGACGGUGUUGCCAGGGGGAAGGUGGUAGCGGUGGUGGCGCUCGGAUCCUGUUGGAAAUGACAGCUGAGGAAGGCGGAUUGGAGCUCGGGGACCAGAAAAGCAGCAGAGGCAGGAGAUAGCGAAGAAAGUGCCGCACUUCGCCGUUUUCAAAGGGGUUGCUGAGAUGGAGUCGCUGAUGAACGCGGUGACGCCGCGCUCGCCGGCCCCCGUUAAGAAGCUGUCCGAAGUGGACUUCCGCUCAGGGGCCACGCUGGAGCAGCUGUCGGCCCAGGUGUCGGAGCUGGUGCUGCUGGAGCAGGGGGAGUUUGGAGACCAGACCGCCUUAGAGGUCCACACUGCCAAGGACUUCAUCUUCAACAUGCUCGGUUUAGUCCAGAAGGUGGACCAGCGCCUCCCGGUGGCCAACGAGUACCUGCUGCUGUCCGGCGGCGCCCGGGAAGGCGUCCUGGACCUGAACCCGGAGGACCUGGGCGAGUACGCCAAGGGGGCCGACUUCGACCUGGACUUCACCCUGCUGGUUCCUGCCCUGAAGCUGCACGACCGCAACCAGCCGGUGACCUUGGACAUGAGGCGCUCGCCGCCAUGCCACUCCUGGCUCAGCCUGCGCCUCUGCGACUCCAACGUCCUGUCGCGCUGGAGCGUCUGCUGCCAGGAGGAGAGCGGGCUCCCCGCCGAGGAAGACGAGGAUGAGGAGGAGGAGAUGGGUAAAGGCUCCAUCCCGUCGCUGGGCUCCCCUCAGUCCCUGGACGGCUGCUACUUCUCGCCCAGCCUGGUGGCGGACUGGUUCUGGGGGGUGGUGAGCGAGGCUGUGGAGGAGCUGCGGCGCAGCCCGCAGAGAGGCAUCCCGACCCCGGAGCGGCUGGAGAGGAACGGACCCCUGACCACCAUCAUCCUCCAGGCGGGCUCCAGCCGGGUCCUGUACGACCUGCUGCCGGUGGUGUCGUUCCGGGGCUGGCCCGCCGUGGCCCAGGGCUGGCUGACGGCCAACCACUUCUGGGACGGUAAGAUCACGGAGGAGGAGGCCAUCUCCGGGUUCUACCUGCUGCCCUGCUGCUCCCCGCUGGGCGGCCGGCCCGACCGCGAGUGGAGGCUGGCCUUCUCCCGCAGCGAGGUCCAGCUGAAGAAGUGCAUCCCGUUCCCGAUGGCGCAGGCCUUCCAGGCGGCCAAGGCGGUUCUGUCCCGCAUCCUGGCCCGGCCUCGGUCCGGCCUCAGCCUCUACCACCUGCGCACGCUCCUGUUCUGGGCCUGCGACCGACUCCCCGCCACCUACCUGUCCUGCCCCGAGCCCGACGCCCCGGGCCGCCUCCUCCUGGGUCUGCUGGACGACCUGGCGCACUGCAUCCUGGGUAAGAACUGCCCCAACUACUUCCUGCCGCAGUGCAACAUGCUGGAGCACCUGAGCGACGGCCAGGCGCUGCUGGUGGCCAGGAAGCUGGCCCAUGUGCGCUCUGACCCCAGCGAACACCUGCGGGCCGCCUUGGACCAGGCGCGGCAGGCGGGCCAGCUGAAGAAGGAGCUGGCGGGCGGCGCCACCAACGGACAUGGCUCGCCGGGACUCCACCCGGCCAACGGCAUCAUCUCGCCGUCGGAAGACAAGCUGGCGCAGCGGCUGCAGCAGCUGGUGACGGAGAACCCCGGGAAGUCCAUCUCUGUCUUCCUGAACCCCGACGACGUGUCGCGGCCGCACUUCCGCAUCGACGACAAGUUCUACUGAGAGUCUGGAACCGGACCCUGCUGCUCCGUUAAGGCAGGGGUCCGAACACGGCCAACCCUCCACAGAACCCUCCUGACUCGCCCCGUUUCGUUUCACAUCGCAGCGGCCGACGGAUGAGUCAGAAGAAGAAGAAGAAAUCGAGCUGAUGAAACAGAUUGUAACUGCAAAGUCUGCGAGAACAGAGUCUCUUUUUUUUAACUACUUUUCUGUUCGGUUUGUGCGACGGUUUCUUUGACUUCUCUCAGGUAUGCACAAAGUUUCCUGUUUUUAUUCCUUUUUAAAGCCUCUAAUGACGUUUCACGUCUUCCAAAGAGCCGCAAAUGAAUUGGUCUCACAAAACAGAAGCACCACAAUCAGAAUAUAAAGGUACGUUUUCCUCCUUCGGACGUCAAGGAAAGUUAGUCGGUUCAUCUCUAAGGAAUCAGCAGAACAAACCGACUUCCUCCAAAGACAAAGAAACACUCCUUUCAUUUCAGGUUCAUUUUUAUUCUAGCUGACUAGCUUUUUAUUGUUUUGAUCGAUUUAAGUCGCUCUGCAGAGGAUUAAACUAAAAAUAUGAUCUAUUAGCUCUAAAAUUUACAACAGCGUAUUAGGGCGACUAGAUACAAAAAUAAUAAAAGUUUCGCCAAAAAACUAAGACAAAACUCAGAAAUUUUCUAGAAAAAACACAUUUCUGAGCAUGAUGAAAUGAUAUUUGCUAAGAAAAACUGAAAUUUUAAGAUUAGUUUGUUUUUUUUUUUGGCGGAAAACAAAUACAUUUCUCAGCGUGCA